AAAUCAACAAGCGCCAUCCGUGGCUAUCGACGACGUCGUCAUCUUUUACGCCGACAACGAUCUGACCAAAACUUAGCUGCAUAUACGUUCUUUAUUAUUCUUCUUCUUUUAUGCACAUUGCAAUCCCCGCGGUCCUUGCUGUCGCGUUCACGAUUUUACCCCACUCACCUUGUACUCCCUUUCUCUAGCACUUCAAGCAAUGUCCGUGCCUAUUCAAAAGUUCGAUUCCUGGGCUAGCAAGCACGUCGACUUCUGUCAACUCCAAUCUCUCAAAGACGCAGUCAUCGGCGUCGAUGCCUCUUACUACCUAGACCUCCGCCUGAACGGCAACAAUGAAGAACCUCUCAAACAUGCCCUUGGCGGUCUUCCUUUCUGCCACAAGAAGGCCGUGGAAGAUGAUAUUGCCCUUCUGCGUCAGCAUGGCGUCACGCCGAUCUUUGUCUUCAAUGGGUUGGAUUUUGUGAACAAGAGCAAGCCAGAUUCUCUCUCCGUGGACAGUAAACGGGUCCAGGAUGAGGCGUGGCAUCACUACUUGAGCGGAGAUAGCAAGAAGACUGUUGCAGAUUUUGGCAAGGCCAAAUAUCCCAUUGACAUCAUGACCCGGCCCUUGCAGAAAAUUCUAAUUGAGAACAAAGUCGAAUUCAUCGUGGCUCCCUACAGUGCUACAGCUCAGUUGGCUUACCUCCUCAAUCUACCGGACCAGUACAUUGAUGCAGUCAUGGCAAGCACAGAAGCCUUUCUUUUUGGAGUUGAUAAGAUUGUUACCGAUAUCAACCACAACAAAUCGACGUUGAGUCUCCUGGCCCGGCAUACAUGUGAAGACGUGCUCAAGGUCAACAUCGAUACCCUCCGAGACGCUCAAUUGCUGCUCGGUACUUCUUAUACCCCCAUCUUCCCCGUUCUCGAAGGCAUGGCUACCGGCAAGCCAGUGACAAUCGUGGAUGCAAUCAAUUUGUUGAACUCAGUCAACAAGUCUGUCAUCCAGCUGUGUGGCUUCCACCGAGACCAUCCCCAAGUACAAGCACUCAACUAUUCGACCAGAUACAAGAAGGCGAUCAUGACCAUCAGGCAUCACGUUGUCCUCGAAAAGUCUGGCGUUGUAGCACCACUCAAUUUUGACACUGCACCUGGAGACGUCCACGAGUUCGUUGGCCAGCGACUGCCGGAGGAGUUGUUUUUCUACAUCUCUCGUGGUAUUUUGGGAUCGCAGAUACCGAAUUGGCUGACCUCGGGUGAAAUCGUCCUCUCGCUUCCAGGCGGUGUUUUGGACUCAGAACCAUAUCGACGUCUGGUGAUUGAGUCUCUCAACCCACUUCGCACCGAAGCACUCAAGAUAUUGGCAGAAUCUCUCCAUUACUAUUAUCAAUCAAGGGUUGUCAAGGUCGAUCCCUGGGUGCCCCAGGACACAAGCAGCCUCACAAUCGAAAUUAGAAACACCUCUCCAUUCAAGAUGAAGCUAUCACCAUGGAAGGUCAGAGGUUCGGAUAUCGAGUCCAUCUUUGCAGAAUCAGGGCACGACUCUGCAUUCCUAUCUUGCCUGCGGGCUCUCAAGGAUCCAUCCUUUGCCGAGAAGACCAUUGGCCCCGUCAAAGUGCCGCAUCCGGCACUGCGCACAACUGAUGAAGUCAUUGCAAAUACCAUCUUUCGAUUUCUUCACGUUCGAGGGUUUGUCGAUGACAAGCAUCAGCUGACCACGUGGGGAAAGGCACUCGAAGCAGCGUUGUCGGUCGCCGACGAAGAGCAAGCAAUUGUUGGGAUCGAAAUGCUCAGACUCGGACUUUUCACUGGAAACUUUGCCACCGGAACCCCCGUUGCAAAGACUGACAAGGACUACCCUAGAAAGGUGUUCACCAACUUGAUCUCCAAGACGGCGUGCUUGGGCCGCAUUCGACACAAGCCAAUGGGAUUCGUCGGUCCGCUCGAUCGACAGCUCUUGACAUAUGCAUGGAAGAUCACUGCUGUGCGACGGUCGUUGAGAGAUCUGCUAGAGACGGUCUUGACCAGCAUGUUUCUCAAUGGUGAUGUUGAUCGAGACCGAGAUGACUGGACAGUCAUUGUACAAAGACUCCCCUUUGCCGGUGACAAUGGCUCAGGUUUGGGUAUUGCGGCCAAGACAUAUCUCGAUGCCGUGAGCGAGGAUGCGGAGCCAACUGACGCUCUCAAGACGGCGAUCAAGCAUCAGGAAGGAAAGUAUAAUUGGUUCCAGCAGCUUAGAGGCAAUGGACAUUUGACGAAAAGUCUGGAUCAGGCUUGGACACUUUGGGAUGCGAUCUAUGUCGCAAGUCAAGUACCUGGAACUGAAGUCAAGGAGGCUAAACUUUUCUCGGAUGCAAACGAAUGGCUCGCAAUCCGACGAUGAGACAAUAUGCCCUUUGCUGUCGCAACCAUAAGUUGAUAAAAGAUCGGGCGGGCCCAGCAGGAAUGCCAUGGAGGGUUCUACGUUGAAGGGCCCUCCUGGGUUGUCGGGCAACGUCGACCUCUGUGCAAGCAGAGGACCACAAAAUACGAAUAGGAUAGCCUACGAUUGAAAACGGCGUGGGCUGCAGGUCUCAACUGAUCGAGUUAUCUGGUCUUGGGAUUCUGAAUCGUGGUUCCUGGAGACACUCAAGACGAGGAGAGCAGAGAGGACAGAUCAAGAGAGCUCUGCAAAGGGUCUCGUGCUUGUAUGAUGGCUUGAGAUACCGGACAUGUUGACCCGUUGCUUCAUCUUCACACCGUCCAGGACAUACAGAAGUGGGGAAUGGUGUCCCUGAUCGACCACUCUGAUGAGUGGAGGCCAGCUGCAGCCAGUUGCGUAUAAUAGCCUAGGAGCAGCACGUUGAGCAUGUAAGCACAGUGACUCAUGGAUAUCUCGAAGAGGGAGUGAGUGAUUGAUUGGUGAUAGGCCUCGCAUUCUGCCC